AUGAAGCGAGAACUAGUACUCUCACAUGAGAGUCGGUCAGGAUCUCAAAAACAAUACUUGGCUCAUAAGCUUUUAAUUGAGUUACUGUCUCAUCAGUUGGCCUCUCCUGUUCGAUGGAUUGAAACGCAAAAAACCUUUCUACGUGAAACUCCUAUUAUUGAGCGUUAUGUCGAGGUCGGCCCCAGUCGUGUUUUGGCCAACAUGGCCAAAAAGCAAGCAGCCAAGAAUCAACAUGCCGAGUCGCAUACCGUGACAAGACAGUUUCUGUCGUCUAGUGAUAACCAGAAGGAGAUAUUUUACCACUAUGAUGAAGGCGAACCAGAGACUGAUGCUAGCAAGCCGACAUCCGCCACGAAAUCACCACUUGCUGCUGAGAAUCCCGCUCCAAGUGCGGUGACAGAGACCAGUCAACAUGUAGAGACUGGUCUUGUUCCUACUACAGCAGCCGCCACAAUCGACGACAUUCCAAUGACUGCUACCGAUAUAGUCAUUGUCGUGGUUGCGCAGAAAUUGCGGAAACAGUUUGAUCAUAUUUCAACUGUGAAAUCGAUCCAGGAACUUUCCGGAGGAAAGUCUACUCUACAAAACGAAAUUGUGGGAGAUCUGGGUAGUGAAUUGGGCAACCUACCCGAUGGUUCGGAGGAUAUGCCACUGGCUGCUCUUGGUGCAGCAUUAGCGGGUGCUUUCAAGGGACGACCUGGAAAGCAGGUUUCAGGUCUGAUUUCCAAACUCAUUUCAUCCAAGAUGCCUGCCUCGUUCAACCAGCAAGCAAUCAGACAAUAUCUCGGCUCGCGCUGGGGCCUCGGUCCUCAACGACAGGACACCGCCAUCUCCUUCUCGAUCACGCUCGACCCACCCUCCCGAUUGGCAAGCAUUGACGCUGGGAAGGAAUUUUUUGACCAGGUCGUUCAGCGCUACGCCGCGUUUGCAAACUUCUCAUUGACUAACGCAUCAGCUGGCCCAUCGGCCGCUUCGGCAUCUCUGGUAGAUGCCGAAGCUCUAAAAGCUGCACGGAAAGAGCAUCAAACAGCCCUAGCAAAGAUUCAUGGGGUUAUUGGUAAUCUUAUGAAACAAAUGGGGGGCGAGGAAAGCACAGAGACGAGCAAUGGCUCCGAUGAUACCCUUCUAGAGGCGCUUGAUCACUGGAAUUCUGAGUUUGGCGAUGAUAUGUACUCCGGAACAAAGCCAAUAUUUGACACCAACAAGAUCCGUGUAUAUGAUGCAUGGUGGAAUUGGGUCCGAGUGGAAUUGAUUGAACUGAAGCAGGAGCUUCUGAUUGGCAAACCUAAUUCCAAAAAUAGUCGAGAUCGAAUCCGCAUGAUACUCAAUCGCUGGACACCGACGUGUGACGAUAUCUUAGGUACAUUUACUACGAACCACACCUUGUUGAAAGAUCUGAAAAAGGGUGCAGCGUCUCUCCAGACACGGUCGCCGGUUUUCGUAUAUACCAAGCCGGCACAAGGCCCUCGAACAAGGAUCAAAGAAAGCGGGAAAAUUAUUUAUGAGGAGGUACCCAGAAAUUCGCUGGGUCAAAGUCGCAGUUUCGUUGAUAUAAUUAGACAUGGCCUGAUAGGGAAUACCUCUGGUGGACUACGAAAGCCGGUCAUCCAGCUGAAACAGCAGAUUGGAACAGAGUGGAAGUAUAACAGUCGUUGGACGGACAUCUUCAUGAGCCAUCUAAGUACUGGCGAAAGCAGCGGUUUAUCAUUCUCAGGGAACACUGUCCUCGUCACCGGCGCUGGACCGGGAUCAAUAGCCUGUGAUAUUGUUCGGGGAUUGCUCGAAGGAGGAGCCGAAGUCUUUGUCACUACGAGCCGCGCGCCACCUGCUUCAACAACAAAAUUCUUCAAUGAGAUGUACAAGGCUCACGGCUCAAAGGAUAGCAAACUCACCGUACUGCCCUUCAAUCAGGCCAGCAAACAAGAUUGCGAGGCACUUGUCAGUUACAUCUACGGGACCAAAGAUGGGGAUCGAGAUCUCGAUGUUAUCAUUCCUUUUGCCGCUAUUGGCGAGACUGGACAAUUAGAUGGAAUAGAUGCAAAAUCUGAACUUGCCCACCGGUUAAUGCUGACGAAUCUCCUUCGCAUGCUAGGACACAUUAAGCAGCAAAAGGAGAAGAGGAAUUUUAACACGCGGCCGACUGCGGUCAUUCUUCCACUUUCGCCGAAUCAUGGAACAUUCGGUGGAGAUGGACUGUAUUCAGAGUCUAAGCUAGGAUUGGAGACUUUAUUUAACCGCUUCCAUUCUGAAAGCUGGUCGGAUUAUCUAACUGUAUGUGGCGCGGUGAUCGGCUGGACGCGUGGAACCGGACUUAUGAAUACCAACAACGUUCUUGCUGAGUCUAUUGAGGGUGAAAAUGCCCUCACAUUUAGUCCGGCAGAGAUGGCGUUCAGCAUUCUGGGUCUGAUUCAUCCGGAAUUCAUGGCUGCAAUGGAAAACGAACCUGUGAUCGCUGAUUUGAGUGGAAAUCUCUCGGCUAUUCAAAAUUUCAAAGAGUUGCUCUCUGGCAUUCGUCAACAGCUGUCCGACCGCAGCAGGCUUCAACAGGCCUUGACUGAAGAAAACGGUCGUCUGGAUGCUCUUUGUAGAGCACGCAAGGAACAGUAUUCUGAAAGCAACAGCACCAUCUCUCCACAGACACGUCGUGUAAAUCUUCAGGUUGGCUAUCCGGCACUCUUAGACUACAAUACCAUUGCAACCGGCCUACCAAACCUGCAAGGAAUGGUCGAUCUCCAAAGGACCGUUGUCGUCGUCGGUUUUUCCGAAUUGGGCCCAUGGGGAAGCUCCCGGACCAGAUGGGAAAUGGAGCAUUCUGGGGAAUUUACAGCAGGUGGAAUGCUUGAAGUGGCCUGGAUAAUGGGUCUGAUAGAGCAUUAUGAUGGCGACAUAAAAGGUUCACAUUAUGUUGGUUGGGUGGAUUCCAAAACAAAAGAGCCGAUUCCCGAUGCCGAGAUUGGUGCCAGAUUUAGCAAGUACAUCUUAGAACAUACUGGAAUUAGGCCCAUCGAGCCGGAGAUUUUGGAAGGAUACGAUCCCGACAAAAAGGAAUUCCUUCAUGAAGUUGUCAUGGAUGAAGACCUCCCCACAUUCGAAGCGUCCAAGACAACUGCAGAAGCCUUUCAAUUGCAACAUGGCGACAAGGUUUCCAUCACCCCCCUACCGGGAUCGGAGGAUUAUCAGGUUACAGUCAAGAAGGGCGCUAGACUAUUGAUUCCCAAGGCUGUCUCUUUCAAUCGUAAGGUUGCUGGUCUGCUCCCAACCGGAUGGAGUGCAGCAACGUAUGGCAUCCCGGAGGAUAUCAUCUCCCAAGUCGAUCCGAUUACAUUGUAUGUUCUCUGCUGUGUCAGCGAGGCCAUGUAUAGUGCCGGCAUCCAGGAUCCCUUUGAGAUCUAUUCUCACAUGCAUGUAUCUGAACUUGCCAACUGCAUUGGUACAGGCGCUGGUGGCGUCACGGCGUUGCGCAAGAUGUAUCGAGAGAGAUAUAUGGAGCACGAAGCCAACAGCGACAUUUUCCAGGAGUCUUUUUUGAACACAAUGGGUGCAUGGGUUAAUCUUCUGCUUCUAUCGUCUACUGGUCCUAUAAAAACUAAUUCCGGAGCAUGCGCCACCGCCAUCGAAUCACUGGAUACCGGAUGCGAGUCAAUCUUACUUGGCAAGUCAAAAAUGGCUUUAGUCGGUGGCACCGAUGACUUCCGCGAAGAAGCCUCGUACGAAUUCGGUAACAUGAAAGCAACGGUCAAUACCGACGAGGAGGUCCUCCAAGGCCGGAGUCCUAGCGAAAUGUGCCGUCCUAGUACGACCACUCGGAAUGGAUUCAUGGAAGCUGCCGGUUGUGGUGUGCAGAUCAUUACAACAGCGGAGAUGGCGCUGAAGAUGGGACUUCCAAUCUACGCCAUCGUGGCUCAUACACAGAUGGCCAGCGACCGCAUCGGCCGAUCCAUCCCAGCACCCGGUCAGGGUAUCCUGACUGCCGCUCGCGAAGCUCCCGACGCUGCUGAAUCGCCCUUACUGAAUCUCGAAUACCGUCGUGAAAAAUUGAACGACACCAUUCAGGAGAUUGAUUCCUGGCGAGCUCGUCAGCUACAGCUUGUCAAAACUAUGCCAGUGGAUGACAUAGACGGAAUGCUACGAUCGAUUGAUAGCCUCAGGGAUUGUAAGGUUUCAGAUGCUCGCAACCUGUGGGGAUCCAAUUUUCGGCAACAGAAUCCUCAUAUUGCCCCUAUCCGGGCUGCACUCGCGGUCUGGGGAUUGACGGUGGAUGACAUUGGUGUUGCGUCACUUCAUGGCACAUCAACAAAGGCAAACGACAAGAACGAGGCCAACGUGAUCAACCAGCAGAUGACCAAACUAGGAAGAACGGCCGGUAAUCCGCUCUUCACUAUUUCCCAGAAAUGGCUUACCGGCCAUCCCAAGGGUGCAGCUGGGGCCUGGAUGUUCAAUGGUGGAAUGCAAGUGUUACAAACCGGGAUCGUACCUGGAAACAGAAAUGCGGACAAUAUCGACGUCGUUUUACAGCCAUUUGAGCAUCUUCUUUACCCAUCCAAAACAAUCCAGACUUCAGGAAUCAAGGCCUUUUUGUUAACCUCAUUCGGGUUUGGUCAAAAGGGAGGCCUCGCGAUUGGUCUCUCUCCUAAAUUCGUGUUUGCCGCCGUCACAGAGAAGAAAUACCAGCAGUACAAGAAUUCUGUGCUAUCCAGACAACAGAAGGCCGGGUUGGCAUUCAUUCGAGCGCUCAUGACUAAAUCUCUUUUCAAGGCUAAGACAGAAUCACCAUGGAAAGACAAUGAGAAUGCAGUCCUUUUAGACCCUCGUGCUCGUGCUUUCUGGAAUUCUGGGGUUGGCGAAUAUAUUGUGACUGCUUGAGGGGGUAUCAUUAUCACUUUUAUCUAUUUAAGGAAGGGAAUGAGUGGAAUUGAGCAAUUUGAUAUCAAGGAUUCGGGGCUAAAUUGUGAUUUAUCUUUGUGUUAUCUAACCCAGCUUUGGCGUACGUAUUUUAAAUAGCAUAGAAUUUAAUCCUAAACAUUGAACACUUAAGAAUGCC